AUGACGGACCGCCAAGACGAUUCCAUUUCCGAUCUGAUGCAGUUGGGAGUCGAUAUUCUCCCAACCUCCACGGUGGAACAGAAGGAGCGACCAUCCCUGAUGGAGAGCGGCAAGAAAGAGUCGUCACGUCGAUACUUUGGAGCAGGCUCUUGGAUCAAGAAAGUCUUGGGAAACAAAAAGAAGAAAUCCGAAAAAUCACAACGAGGCAACUUGACACAAAAUGACAAUCAGCAACAACAGCAACGAAUGCACCAGAGUCUUUCCAUGCUCCGUCCCGACUAUGGGAGCAGUCGCAAGCUGAAAACCGAGAGGGGUCCGCUGUUCAAACGAGUCUCCGCACCUUCUCUACUUCCUCCUCAGCAAAAGUUGGCCCAGCUUCAUCGGAAAUGGAACCCCGCCAAGCCUCCCACGCAAGAAGUGAUUGUUAGCCACGAUGAUGAUGAGAAUGAUGGUGAUGAGUGGACCAGCAGUAGUGGGGAAGCGAAUGACGAGGAUUCUUGGGACGGCAGUUCCGAUGACGGGCAAGACGACGAAUGGGACAGCAGCAGUUCCACCAGUCGAGGGAGUGCCAAUGCAGAAGAUGCAGACGAGCAAGACGAUAGUGAUGAUGAGUUUGAAACAUCCGACGACGACGACGACGACGAUUGGCCAUUGAAAAAGUCAAAACCUCUCGAAGAAGAGCCAGAAUGGAGCAGUGAUGAUGAAGAUGACGACGACAAUGACAAUACGCAAUCAUCCGUUUUAUCUCUAAUAGAACAAGCCGUCAUUACUUCGGUCCCUUCGGACGACGAUCUCUAUGAAGCUGGAUGGGCCAAAGCAUGGGAUGCCAAUCGAUUUGCGUACUACUACUAUCCAGCCGAUGGCACUGCAUACACCACCUGGAUCAACCCACUUCAAGAGAAAGAAGCUGAACCAACGGAGCAUUCGCUGCAGGAAGAACCCAUGACACCCAUAUUGGAGGACGAAGAAGAGGACGAAGUUGAGGAUAGGGAAUGGAAACAGAACAAGUCAGGCAUCAAACAGAAGAAACAGCUCGACAAGAACGUAGAUUCCACCGAAACAACCGUCGCAGAAGAGUUCUCUUCUCUGGAAGAAGACCAACCGCAGCCCUCGGCGGUAGCUGAUACCCACAAUGGUAAUGACAAUGACAAUGAUCUCUAUGAUGCUGGAUGGGCAAAAGCAUGGGAUCCCAAUCGAUUGGCAUACUACUACUAUCCAGCUGAUGGCACUCCAUACACCACCUGGAUCAACCCUCUUCAAGAGAAAGAAGAUGAAGAAGAAGAGCCAACGGAGCAUUCGGUGCAGGAAGAACAUACCCACAAUGAUACUGACGAGGAGGACAAAGUUGAGGAGGACGACACUGCCAAUGAACCAACCAAACCAAAAAAGAAGAAAAAGAAGAAGGAUCGAGUGGAAGACGUUGCAGAAGACACUGUUGAUGAUGGCAAUGACAAACCGAAACGAAAAAAGAAAAAGAAGAAAAGUAUUGUAGAAUCACUAGACCAAGAGGAGGAUCCAUCAGAACAAUCUGCAUCAGAGGAGCCCGAAACAGCACGUGAACAAACGAAAGCAAAGAAGAAGAAGAAGAAAAAGACUCAAAAAGAACCAUUGGAUGAGGAGGAGGAACCGCCAGUUGAGCCAGAAGUAGCACCUGAGCUUGAGCCAAAGAAGCGCAAGAAGAAGAAAAAGAGCCCACAAGAACCACUGGAUGAGGAGGAACCAGCAAUUGAGCCAGAAGCACCACCAGAAACAAAGAGACGAAAGAAGAAGAAAAAGAAAAAGGACCAACAGGAACCACUGGAUGAAGAGAAUGAAGAGGAACCACCAGAGGAACCCGAGGCUUUGCUUGAGCCAAACAAACCAAAGAAAAAGAAGAAGGGCCAUCAAGUACAACUGGAUGAAGAGAAUGAAGAGGAGCCACCAGAUGAACCUGAUGCCUUGCUCGAGCCAAAGAAACCAAAGAAAAAGAAAAAGAGCCAACAAGAACCACUGGAUGAAGAGAAUGAAGAGGAGCCACCAGAUGAACCUGAUGCCUUGCUCGGGCCAAAGAAACCAAAGAAAAAGAAAAAGAGCCAACAAGUACCACCAGAUGAGGAGGAACCACCAGAUGAGCCAGAAGCAGCACCCGAAGCAAAGAAGAAGAAGAAGAAGAAACAGGCCCGACAAGAGCCGGAUGUUGAUGCGCAGGGACCUGAUGAAGUGCUGCAACAUGACACAACCAAACCAAAGAAGAAGAAGAAGAAAAAGAAAAAGAGUCGACAACCUACAGUAGAUGAAGAAGAACCGGAAACGUCAUCUCAACAGGACGCAAGCAAGCGAAAGAGGAAAGGGAAGAAGAAAAAGAAAAGCCAAGUAGAAUUGCUGGAAGACGAAGAUGAUGGGGAAGCAGCUGAUAUUGCCGACGGUGGAAUCCGCAAGAAGAAGAAGAAAUCGAAGAAACUGGACGCUGACGCGCCUAUCGAGCACACAGCAACGAUAGGGUCAGACGACGAUGUCUCCCUCUUGACGGAGCCAACCGGUUUGGAGAAUGCGGACUUGGCGGCCCGAUCGAAGCGACGCCGCAAGAAAAGGAUUUCUCGUAGAGCGUCCCAGGAAACUGGACACGACAGCCUGCCAGACGAGUCCGUGCCACUCUCCACUCUGUUGAACGAAGUUACCAGCGCAAGGACUAGGUGGCAAACAAAUUCGGACAACUCCACAAAAGAGACAACCUACGCCCAGAGAUUGGUACAGUACAUGGAAGCAAUGCUUGAUUCUUUCGGUCAAUUGUCAGAUGCUCUGGAAUUGAUGGUGGCAUACGAUGACAGCCAACACGAAGGAGAUUCGCUUCCGAAUGUCGAAGAUGCUCGCGAGGCGUUGGAAAGCAUCACUUGUAAUUACGCUCCGCUACUGUGGCACUUGUGGCAAGCUCAGUUGAAACCAGCCCUUGUGCGCCUUUGGGGUCGAUCGUCUGCGGGAGACACCGAUGAUGUCCUCUACCGUGCUGCCCUCGUUGUGAAGGUCUUGACGGUGCAAUUCAAAGAUAUGUUCUUUGUCAAAUGCAGGUCCCCAAUGGAUAUUGAACACAAUUUUGAAACCAAAAAGUUGGUGGUGACUUUGUUCGAGCUUCUACGCCACGAUGCGUGGGCUUUGACAACGGCUAGCAGAACAGAUGAUGGAGAUGACGCGUCUGAGAAGUACCAACCAUCAACAAUGCUUCAGCAGGCUUGGGGGGUGGAGUUGCAUUCCGAAGAGUGGCAUGAGGUCUACGGUAAUGCUGACGACGCCCAAGCAUUACGAAGAACUUGCUUCCAUUUCCUCCUCCGCGAAUCUGAUGCAACAAAUCCAGUCAUCUCUCCGAAAUCAGUAAAGAUGCUGUUGGAAUACUGCGAGUACGAGGCCAUGCCCGAGCAGUAUGCGCACGCAAUGCCUACUAAAACAGACGAGGAGAAGCGAGCGGUUGCAAUUCCAAAAGCUGCCAAGCUCGCGUUGAAAUCCAUGCGAGGUACACCGCUGCCACGAGAGCAGCUUGUCGAUGAGAUAGUCGAGCGAGUUUUGCCGUCCGAAGAAUCGCAAGAGCCAGGCAGACUGACAGCAGUGAUUGGGCCAGCAGGGACGGGAAAGACAAGUCUCGUGGCCAUGGUCCUUCGACUUUCAAAGAUUCGAGACUUUUACUCCGAUGGGAUUGUUUGGCUAGCGGCACCCCUGGCAGAAGAACUUCCGCACUGUCGCUACAUCAUGCUCUUGCGAAGUAUUUUGCAACAACUUGGGGAUAAUGCAAAGGACAUUUUGCAUGAAACAGCUGCCCUGGUCUCUGGCGAAUCAGAAACCGAACGUCGUUGUCGCGAGCACGAAGCAAUGAUCCGGGCGAAGAAAACCAUGACGACAUAUCUUGACCAGAAGAGAGUGCUGAUUGUCUUGGAUGAUGUCGGCGAGAAGAAGGACAUGGAUUGGUUUGAUUUCCGUUCCGAAGGAACUGAUGGUCCUGUGGUGUUGUUCACGACUCGCUCUCCGGCUUCUUGGAAGGACAGUGCUGGCACAGUCGAUGUUGGGGCAUCAAUGGAUGAGCAUGCAGCAAUCCAACUAUUGCAUCAAGAGUGUGCCAGAACCACUCGAUUGUUGAAUGGUAAAGCAUUGGAGUUGCGCGCGAAAGAUUUUAGCGACUCUGUGGAAGUCAAAAGCUUCGUUCAAAAGUGCGGGUUUCAUCCUUCUGUUGUGUCACUGUUUGGAAGAUUCCUUUCCCUCCACAGUGUGCAAAGCGAUUCGGAUGUAUCGAGCAGCUUGAAGACAAUCGAUCGGCUCUUGACGGAUGCCCCAUUCAAUGUGGACGACAACACGCUAAGCUCUCGCCUGGAGCUCUGCCUCUCCUCAAACUCGAGUGACAUCCCAACCAUGAUCUUAAACGUUUGCGUCGUCGCCUACGUCGAAGUAUUUUUCAGCAGGAGACAGCUGCUUCAUGUUGGCGCGGACUCCAUCUCCCCAACGGUACCGAUUGAAAUUGUGGAGCUGUUGUUUGAGUCGCUGUUGGCCUUUGACGAGGCAACGUUCAAGGAUGAGGCCGAAGUGCUCUAUGGGGACAGAAAGAAUGCCGCAACGCUAAUUCGGACCAUUCUCGGCGCCCUUGGUAUCCUCUCGGAUCCUUCCAAUUUGGAAUCGACAGGUCUUCCUCCACGGUUCGUGAGGGAGUUUGCGAGCAGCCUGAUUGACAACAAUGCUUCUAUAGCCCAGUUGGUGUCUCGGGGUGCUUGGCACAGAGCGUUGGUCACGAACGUGAUGGACAGUGAAAAAGAUCGGACAGCUUCUGUCGAAGAUGGCCGUGCAAGAUACCUUGCUUCCAGGAUGCCUCUUCAUUUGAUUAUGGGGGAGAUGUUCAUUGAAGCUGGGGACAUGCUUUCCAAUCGUGGAUUUGUGAAGCGCCGAAUCCGGUGCCUGGGCCUGACUGCAGCUGUCCAGGUCCACAUCCAAGAUGUCGAGUUCUUGUUGGAGCGCUUGGUCCCUGGACCAAUCGAGUCUCGAACCUCAUCAAUGCAGUACUAUCUGCAAGUGAUCCAACAAGCGUACCAAGCCAUGGUCGAUGCCAUUGGCAAAAUUGAAACUGGUGGUGGUGUUGAAGAUCAGGAUGUUUCUAGAGCCCUUGUUGAUAUUGGCAUGUCUUUCUCCAAAUGGGGAUGUCAUGAUGACUCGAUUGCUUGCUGGAACUCUUCGAUGCUCGCUUCUCCAAUGACGCUGGCCGACAGAAGCACAGUCUUUUUCAACAUUGGAACUGCUCACGCAUCGCUGGGCGAGUUUGAUGAAGCUGUUGCUUCUCUGAAAGAGUGCUUGAAGCUACAAAAGCUGCACUACGGAGACAACGACAUGACUUGUGCUGCGACUGCCAAGAAAAUAGGAGAUACGUUGUUUGCUUCCACCCGUUUCGCAGAGGCGCUCGACGAGUACACUGUGGCUCUCGAUAUUUUGGUGUGCCAUGGCAAAGAAAAGUCUGCACAUCUUCUUGUUGCUGACAUUGAGGAAACGAUGGGGACUAUUUACUUCAAGAGGCAAGAGUACGCCAAGGCGCUGGAUCACUACAUGGAUGCGCUUCGUUCGCUCAAACUGUGUUAUGGGAAAUCGGAUCCGCAGCUGUCAUCCAUUUACCUCCGUUUGGGGAUGUGCAUGUUUGACAAGGGUGCCAUGGCCGAGGCCGUGGACGCCUCGGAGAGAUCACUUGCGUUCAGAGAAGCCAAUAGUGACGCGGAGAAUCCGGAUAUCCUCGUAACGAAAGGUCUUCUCGCUCGAGCCAAGGGCGAUAAGAAAGAAAGUAUCGACCUCUUGCGAAGAUCAGUUGAGGCCCUCAAAGAUGACAGCGUCGAACGAUCAAGCAACCAGGACGAGGCUUUCAUUUUGCAUGUUCUUGGGCAGCUGUACUCCGAAGAGGGGAAGGAGAAAAAGGCCAUGAAGGCGUUCGAGGCAAGCAAGAGCGAGGCUUGCAGAAUCCAUGGUGAAUCUCAUGUGGAUGUCGCCGCUUCUUUGUGUGCCAUUGCCAAAUUGCACGAAAAGCAAGGCCGUUUUACCGAAGCUACGAAAUGUCUCGAGGAGGCGAGGCGCAUUCAAGCGCGUUGUUUGCCUGAUAGCGAAGCACUGGAAGCCACAACUCGGCAGUUGGCAUUUAUUUUACAGGGAAAGGAAGGGGAGAUUUGA